UUUAGGAGAGGUGGAGAAGAGAUAUAUUGAAAAAUUCAAAGUCUCUCUCUGUCACAUCAAUUCACACUCUGCAUCUCUUUAUUAUUCACAAGCUCCCUCCGCUCCGCUUCUUCUUCUUCUUCUUCUUCUCUAGUUCUUUAGGUCUCCAUACUCUAACCCAAAUCCCCCAAAAUCCCAUAUUCCAAUUGCUUAACCGAGUCCAUCAUUUCCCCGAAUUCCAAAUUCUUCUGACCCCCUUCUUAAAAAUCUCAACUUUUUCCUUCUUUCCUCUGAUUUGUUUACUCUCGUCGUUGUUCUUGUUGGUUUUGACAAACACAGCAAUACUCAUUGUGAGCAAAAGAGACAAAAGUGAAAGACUUUUUUGUUUUUAGGGUUUCGAAUCUUCUUAAGUAUCACAGAUUUUUGUUUCCUUCAUUGUCGUCUCGGUGCUGCCUACAUUUUGUUUGUUAACGCCUACACAAUUUUGAAUUUGAUGAUAGAAAUGGAGGCUGUUGAGAAGAAACGAUCUAGAGGAGGUUUUCUAAAUCUGUUUGAUUGGUCUGGUAAAUCCCGGAAGAAGCUCUUCUCCUCUAGCAGCAACUCUGAACUCGUCUUCGAAGCAUCAACUCAAGAGAACAAAAAUGUUCGAAACCCCUCAAACUCGUGGCCCUCUCCGAUUGAGAGGGAUGAUAUUGGAAAGAAUUCAACUUACAAUCUGAGAAGUGACCUGAGUUGCUCUACAUCCUCUGCCACUAGUGAUGAUGGACAAGGUUCCCGAGCUCCAAGUGUGGUCGCGAGGCUCAUGGGUUUAGAGUCUCUACCUGUACGCAAUGCCUUGGAGUCCCAGUCUAAUUUCGCUUCUGAUCCAUAUUCUCUCAGAUCCUCACGCAAGGCAAGCACAUGGGAUGCAUAUGAGAAUUUGGGUUAUGUAAAUCUCCGCAGUGACUAUGAUGGUAUUUCUUGGGACCAUUUGGAUUCAAGAAUGAAUACAGAGUGUAACCGGCCUAUUGACCGCUUUCAAACCGAAACGUUGCCUCCUAGGUCGGCGAAACCAAUCCCUGUCACUCACAAUAGGCUCUUGUCUCCUAUCCGGAGUCCUGGUUUUGUUCAGUCCAGGAACCCUGCUUAUGUAAUGGAAGCAGCUUCAAGAAUGAUUGAUCCAAGUCCUCGUAAAGUUGCUAAAACGCGUUUUUCAUCAUCUGAUUCUUCUUCAUCACUUCCAAUGAGGAUCAGAGAUUUGAGAGAGAAACUAGAAGCUUCACAGAAAGGACCAAGCGCUCAAAUCUCUAAUGGUGCCCGCAAUAAUAAGAACUUCAGAGGAAAGCACGACGAAAAGAGAACUACAUCAUCACUCAAGGGACAAGAGACAAAUAAGUUAACGGGAGAAAGCAGGUUUGGUGGUUUGAAGGGUAAAGUAAAGCCUCCUUCUGUAUCUGCACCUGCACACGCAAAGACCAAUGCUAUUCACAAGCGAGACAGUUCAACUCCCUCAAGUGGCAACAGAGACCAAAAGAAGAAGAUGGACACUAAGAACCGCAUAGUAAGAAAUGGUUUCAAAGAAUCGUCUGCUAGCACUGGGAAAACUGUGGUUAAGCCAAAUAGCCAGAAACAGAACCAAUUUCCUGAGACAUCUGUUUCAAACCAGAGAAGCACCAAAGUGAUGAACAAAGUUGCAACCAAGGUUUUGGUGGAAAGCGGAACUACAACUAAGAAGCUUCGUUUUACUGCAACAUCAGCGGAAAAGAACACUGCUUCGUCUUUGUCCCGCAAAAAGAAUCUUCCUCGCAACAAAAAACUGCCAAAUGGGGUGCAAGAACCUGGAAACAACAGUGAUAAACGGAUCAAAAAGGGUGAAAAGUUGAUAAAAUGUAACAUCACCGUCGAUGGCAGGUUGAAGACAGGGGACGACGAUCGAAAGGACAUGGAUGUGAUUUCAUUCACUUUCUCAUCCCCUAUCAAAGGUUUAUCAUCCAAUUCACGAUCCUCCGCUAAAAAGUCUGAUCAAGAUGCAGAAUCAGCACUCAGUUUCAAUAAGAUCGAUGGUGAUUCUAUAAAUUUUCUGUUGGAGAAAAAGCUCAGAGAGCUAACCUCUAAGAUUGAGUCAUCUUGCAGUAGUCUUACUCAAGAAGAAGAGUCUUCCGGUUCCAUUACAAAGGAUUGGGUGAAUGGGACGAUAUCAUUGCCGUCGGAUGAUCUGGAUAAUGGUUUAUCAGAGAGCGAAUCUGAUUCUGAUUGUAGUUCAUUCUACAAUGAUAAAAUAUUCCAGGCAGAAGAAGAUCAAGAAGUUGAUAGCUUCAGCACAGCCAAAAAUCUCCAAAUCUCUAGCAGCAACAGUUUCUCAAAUUCAAGCAUUGAUAAUCACAAUGAAAUUGAAGAAACUGAACCCUCAGCAGAAUCCGUCGCUUUAUCAGAAGCUGAAGAAGGUCAAGACUGGGAGCUCGAGUACAUAACCGAGAUCAUAGCCUCUGGCCAACUGAUGAUUAAAGAGGUGUCAUUGGGGAUGGCUACUGAUAUAUUACCUCUGAGCCUUUUUGAGGAAAUCGAAAGUAAGAGAGAUGUGCGAGGCAAGAUUGAGAGAAAAACUCUAUUCGACUUUGUGAAUCAGUGCUUAACACUCAAAUGCGAGCAGAUGUUCAUGGGAAGCUGCAGAGGAUUGUUGGGGAAAGAAGACAUUUUUAUUGAAAGGGGAGGGAUAUUGGCAGAAGAAGUGAAGAAAGAGGUUGAGGGAUUGAAGAAGAAGAGAGAGAUGAUAAUGGAUGAGCUAGUUGACAAUGACAUGAGUAGUUGUGAAGGGAAAUGGCUAGAUUACAAGAGAGAGACUUACGAAGAAGGAGCUGCGAUUGAAGAAGAGAUUGUUUCCGAUUUAGUUGAUGACUUAGUUAGUGAUCUUCUCUUGUGUUACUGACAAACCAAACCACUUGGUCUUAUUUUUCAUAGUUUCUCAAACUUCACAGUGAAAUUGUUUUUAUAGGAUUAUCUCUGUUAAAAAAACAAGAUUAGGCUGAACUACCUUCUCCCACAGUGUUGUAAUUAUGUUUUUGAUAAAUCAUUUUACCUCUGUAAUCCCAAAUAGUGGAAG